AUGAGUACUGUAUUCAUGGAGCACAAGCUCAUUCGUAGCCUGGGCGUGGUUGGACACAUUGAAGGCAUUGUUGUGUCUCCCAAGAUGCAGGGAAAGAAAUUGGGUCUGCGCAUCAUUAACAUCUUGACUCACAUCAGCAAGGCCCAGGGCGCGUACAAGACUAUCCUGAAAUACAGCAAUGAGAACAUUUUGUGGCUUCAAACAGAAGGAGAACGAGAUGACUAA